CACAGUCGCACAGCAAGCACGAGCACGACCACCGCGCGCUCGAACAGGCCGACGAAAUGGCGCUCGCCGCCGCCGCCGUCCUCCUCUUGCUGAUCCCUGGCCUUCUCCUCACGGCGAUGGCGGCCACGCCGUACCCUCACGGCGCCCGCGGCGACCCGCUCCUCGGCGCGUCCAAGAGGUACGAGGGCAGCUCCGACCUGGUGGACCUCCGCUACCACAUGGGCCCCGUCCUCUCCGCCGCGCCGCUCCGCCUCUACGUGCUCUGGUACGGCCGCUGGGACCCCGCGCACCAGGCCCCCGUCCGCGACUUCCUCCUCUCCCUCUCCGACCCGUCCCCGCCGCCGCCCUCCGUCGCCGCCUGGUGGGCCACCGCCGCUCUCUACGCCGACCAGACCCUCGCCAAUGUCACCCGCCGCGUCGCGCUCGCGGGGGAGGCCGCCGACGCGUCCGCCUCGCUCGGCCGCGCGCUCUCCCGCCUCGACAUCCAGCGGGUGCUCGCCGCCGCCGUCGCCGCGGGCCGGCUCCCCGCCGACGCGCGCGGCGGCGCGUACCUCGUGCUCACGGCGCCCGGCGUCGGCGUCCAGGACUUCUGCCGCGCCGUCUGCGGCUUCCACUACUUCACCUUCCCCUCGCUCGUGGGGCACACGCUCCCCUACGCCUGGGUCGGCCACAGCGGCGGCCGCUGCGCCGACGUCUGCGCGUACCCGUUCGCGCUCCCGUCCUACAUGUCCCGGAGCGGCGUGGCGGCGCUGCGCCCGCCCAACGGCGACGCGGGCGUCGACGGCAUGGUCAGCGUCAUCGCGCACGAGCUGGCCGAGCUCGCCACCAACCCGCUCAUCAACGCCUGGUACGCAGGGGAGGACCCCACCGCGCCCACAGAGAUCGCCGACCUCUGCGAGGGGGUGUACGGCACGGGCGGCGGCGGCGGGUACGCCGGGAAGGUGGCGGUGGACGCGCAGGGGAGGAGCUGGAAUGUGAACGGCAGGAACGGGAGGAAGUUCUUGGUGCAGUGGCUGUGGAGCCCAGAGGCCAAAGCCUGCGUGGGGCCCAAUGCCAGCGACUAGGCUGUGUUGUUGGUCAACAACGCUAGCAUGUACUAUACUAGUAUUAUUAGGGGGAAAGUAGCAUUAUUUUGGGGAUUUGUAAUCGUAUUUUUUCGAUUUACAUAUAAAGCUAUUAACUUGAUUGUCGUA